AUGAAGUUCCCAACAGAGGAAGGAGUGAAAACAGUCUACAGAGAGCAACAUGAUGCAAAGGAGAUGUUUGCGAUUGAGGAAGUGGUGCCGAUACCAGAGCCUUCGACCUCGGAGAAAUCAAGCAUCGGAGAGGGUCAUGCCGAGAUAAAUUCAACGAGUUUAACAUGGGACUGGAGGAACAAGUAUAUCAACUAUUUGAAGAGUGGAAAACACCCAUCGGACCACAAAGAAUCGAGGGCCUUGCGAACCAAGGCUGCUAGGUUUGCAUUAGAUGAAGAUGGAACAUUGUACCGAAUAAAAUUCGAUGGAACAUUGGUGGUAUGCUUAGGGCCAGGGGACACCGAUUAUGUCCUUCGAGAAAUCCACAAAGGCACUUGCGGGAACCAUUACGGUGCCGAGUCUUUGGUCCGUAAAAUUAUCAGAGCAGGUUACUACUGGGAUAUCAUGAAAAAAUAUACUAAGGAAUUUGUCAGAAAAUGUGAUAAGUGUCAAUGA